AUGGCUACGUCGGCGGUGAAGGUGUACGGGUGGGCUAUCUCGCCGUUCGUGUCGCGGGCUCUGCUGGCCCUGGAGGAGGCCGGCGUCGACUACGAGCUCGUCCCCAUGAGCCGCCAGGCCGGCGACCACCACCGCCCGGAGCACCUCGCCAGGAACCCUUUCGGGAAGGUGCCGGUGCUCGAGGACGGCGACCUCACGCUCUUCGGAGCAGAUUUAAAUUUAAAAAUCUCAUGCGAUCGCGAGACAUGUUCUCCGCAAGCACAAGCCGAGCUGCUAGGCACCGCAACCUGGAGCAAAGCGGCACUGGUGGACGUGUGGUUUGAGGUGGAGGCCCACCAGCUGAGCCCGUUAGCGAUCGCCAUCGUGGUAGAGUGCAUCUUCACGCCGUUCCUUGGCCGCUGA